AUGAAAUUAGGGUAUAAUGAAAUAAUGAUAACAUCAAUGUAUUUUAAUGAUAUUAAUGAUUUUAUUAAUUUAGAAAUGGGUGUUAAAAGAUUUCAAGGAAAUAUGGAACGAUUUCAUUUUAAUCCAAUUCCUUUAAAUGAAUAUUCAAGAAAAUUGUUUCCUAAUAUUGAAACAUUUCAUAUUUAUAAUAGAAGUGAUGAAAUAUUUAAUGAUGGAAAAAUAUUUAAAUAUGUAAUAUGGUAUUAUGUGGAUUAUUGGGAAUAUUUACAAGAGAAAGAAAAAGGAGACGUAUAUAAAAAUAUAAUAUACACAAAUUAUGAUAGAAAGAAAUAUGGAAACACAAUACCACCAGAAGUUACAAUACUUGGAUAUGAAUGUUUUAAUGGAUGUUCAUCGUUAAGUAGUAUUACAAUGCCAAUGAGAAUUAAAGAAUUAGGGCCUUGGUGUUUUUCAGGAUGUACAUCAUUAAAAUCAAUUAAUAUACCAACAACAAUUAGUAAAAUAGGAGAUGAAUGUUUUAGUUAUUGUUCAUCAUUAACAAGUAUAAGCAUAGACAAUCUACAGUUUGUUAGUGAAGAAAGAAUAUUUAUAAAUGGACCAGUGUUAAAUAGUAUUAAAACACCAUUACAGUUAAAACAAAUUAAUGGAAAAAAUAUUGAAAAGAAAGAUAUUAAUGAAUUUACUAUUCCACCAACAAUUACUAAGUUAGGGAAUAGUUGUUUUAAUUGGUGCGCACCAUUAAAAUCAAUUAAUAUACAUUCAACAAUUAGCGAAUUAGGAAAUCGUUGUUUUGAAGGGUGUUCAUCACUAACAUCAAUUACUAUACCAACAACAAUCAGUGAAUUAGGCAACGAAUGUUUUAAGGAUUGUUAUUCAUUAACAUCAAUUGAUUUACCAACAUCAGUUAUGAAAUUGGGAGAUCGGUGUUUUAAAUAUUGUACAUUAUUAACAUCAAUUACUAUAUCAACAACAGUUAGUACAAUAGGAAUUGAAUGUUUUUAUGGAUGUAAGGCAUUAACAAAUAUGGAGAUUAAAGGUCUUAAAUUUAUUAGUGAAGAUAGAAUAUUUGUAGGAGAAGAAAAACUGGUAUCAAUUGACAUAGGUAAGUUAAUAAAAAUUAAUGGAAAAGAAAUAAAACGAUGGGAUGUUAAUAAAUUUGUAAUUCCAACAACAAUUAAAGAAAUAGGCGAUUACUGUUUUAGUAAAUCUGAUAAAUUAAAAUCAAUUUCUAUUCCAUCUUCUGUUAGUAAGUUGGGAAUGUAUUGUUUUAGUGGAUGUUCAUCACUAACGUCGGUCAUUCUUCCAUCUUCAACUAUAUCAUUUGGGUGGAGAUGUUUUACUGAAUGCAAUAAAGUGUUACAUGAAAUUAAAAGAAUUCCAAUCGAGUGUUUUGAAAGUGACUAUGAACUAAAUGAAAAAUAA